UUUGGCUAUGUCACUCUGCGUCAUCUGGCGACACUGAGCUCGAAGCAUGCUCAAGGCGCUCAAGGAUAGCGCAAGCACGUUUGCGGUUGGCUUGUCCACGGGAACGCGCCAGUUUCAUCCUAAAGCUCAUUCGCAAAAGUGAUGUGGGAUAUUCAGCUGGUGACAAAAAUGUUUUGUGAUAUUCCGUAGUCUUUCGUGCGUCACCGGACGAACUCUCGAAGUGGAUGGUGGAGGCGUGGAAUACAACUCCAGUCGCGGGGUUCGCGGUAUCGUUGCAAGUGCGGAAUGUCAAACUGAACGGACGGCGCACGGACGACGACGUGCUAUGCAUCGACAGUCUAGUAUGAUAGCCGUUUCGGUUGGCAGUGGUGCCUGCCGCCGCUGCCUUCACCGCUGGUGCCCGGUGUCCGUAGCAGCUAUCGCUGAGAAUGAGAAACAGAAUGCCCAUUUCUCGCCGGGAUCGAACCCGGGCCUGCUGCGCGGCAGUUCCUUGCCUUUGGGGUGCCUGGAGCAGAAUCAGUCGCUCAUGUCCGUGCGUGGCUCAUUGCAUUCCUGCCGGCUGUGCCCCUAUGUGACUGCGUCCAAAGCGUGCAUGAAGAGACACCUGCGCACACACACGGGCGAGCGCCCCUUCAAGUGCCACCUCUGCCCGAACACAUUCGCUCUUAAGUCCAACCUGACACGGCAUGUGCGCACUCACACAAAUGAACGUUGCUACCAGUGCCAUCUGUGCCCUGAGACGUUCACUGAUGGUACCGCCCUCAAGCGGCAUGGUCGCUGUCACACUGGGGAACGUCUCUUUCCCUGUGUGCACUGCAGCGCAUCGUUUUCACGAAAGAGACACUUGAACAUCCACAUGCUCUGUCAUGCAGUAAAGAAGCCGUAACAAAAAGUGGUAGACAGUUUCUUUUUUUUUUUUUGUUAGCUUUGCUGAUGAUUCAGUCUUUAAUGGCAGAAGGUGAUUAAUGAACUGCGUUGAGAAGUUUUCGGCACUCUCAACCAUAGCGUUUCUUGUAAUAUUACAUACAGGGGAUGCGCAUAUUUUGCUAAAACGGUCUGGAAAAGGAUCUUGCGCUUACGUUUCAAUGUUCUUGCUCAAAGUUUACAGAAAUAUUACAUUUUGGAGUCCAUAUUAUUCUUUGAAGCACUCUUCAGAGUUACUUGGCUGUUUUUUAAAGAAAACAAUUAUGGACUGCUUUCUUCUGUGAGAGAAAUAGCUGCUGCAAAGAUGGUACUAGUGCAAGUUAUCGAAUCAGCCAUUCAGGGAGGGUUUCUGCGUGUUCAAGUAGAGCGGGCAACGCGGUUUCCAGGAUGUGCAGCAUGUUUGGCUGCAAAAUCAACAAAUCCAAAUGAACGCACAGUCAUGCUCUGCUCAAUUCUCGGUAAUUAAUGAUAAUUGCCUGAUAACUGCGUGUUGCCUGCUCCACUCGAACAUGCGGUGACCCUCCCUGAAUGGUUUUUUUUGGCAGCUGCCGGCAGGCAGCGACACUAGCCUGCACUAGUGCCGCCUUUGCAACAGCCAUUUUUCUCACAGGUGAAAACAGUUUAUCCUUAUUUUAUUAAACAAAACAAAAAGCCAAAGGUGGGUAACUGUACGGUGUGUUACACUGAAUGAUGUAGACUCCAAAAUGUGAUCUUUCUGGGAAAUUUGAACAAGAACAGUGCAGCGGUAAGCGCAAUAUUUUUUUUUUUUUCAGAAACUUUAAGCGAAAUGGGCUGUAAUUUGCAAUGGCAAGCACAGCUCUUACAUGGAGAGUUAAAAGGUUACUAGGACAUGUCGUGUGUUUGGCUGCAAAAUCGACAAAUCCAAAUGGACGCACAGUCAUUCUCUGCUCAGUCGCCUGUAACGUAUGAUAAAUAAAGUAUGUAUGCUGUGCAAAUUCUCUUGCACAACUGAGAGAAUCAUGGCCGAUGAGUUAUGCUGGAAUUGCGAUGCCAGAAUUUAUUUUUCGAUGGCCAAGUAGACUUGGUUUUUUCAGUAUAUGAUUGUCUAAAUGCUCAUGAGCUGCAUCUAUGGAUAGCAUCUCGAUAGAGAAAGAAAAUCUGUUUAAAUUUAUUGCUGUAGAACUUGAGGGCCAAGUCGCAUGUAAGUAGCUCUACUAUACAGGUGCACGUGAGAUGUACUAGUCAUGUAUACCUAUGUGGGUCGUACAUUGUUGGG